AUGCCAAAGGAGGCUUUAGACCUCUUAGUUCCUCCCACACUCACUGACUGUCAUUGUGAUGAUGACGAUGAGGCUUACGAAGAUGAAGACCCAUUGCUUUUUGAUUUUGACAACUUUGUAGACCCAAGAUGGAAAAAACAUAGAGGCGUUGAACAAAGAAAUACUGGAUUAAAAUGGUUAAGAAACAACUUAAACAGCAAUAAUAAAGGCGUUGUCUAUUUUAUGGAUGACGAUAACACAUACAGUAUUAAACUUUUUGCAGAGAUUGACAAAGUUAAAAAAGUUGGAGUGUGGCCAGUCGGACUGGUAGGUGGAUUAAAUGUUGAGACGCCUAUAUUAGAUGAGACUGGCGUGAAAAUCUUAAAUGCUAAGGACAUUAUAUGCUGUGAAAUGAUUGUAAAUCCAACUCAAAACAUUUCACCAGAUAAUAUGCUCAAAAUCUUAGGUGAUGAUGAACUAGAGGCCAAUGCAAAGGCUAACACUGACAAGAUUCAAUUGGAUAGCGCUCCUCUUUUAAUUGAGAUCUAUUAUCUUACGGAGAUAAUAAAACAAAAAGAUAUUAUUAUCGAAAACCAACAAGUUACAAUUAGUUCGUUGAAAGAGCAGAUUUAA